CUGCGCAAUGAUUCGCUCAGACGGCGCUCAGUGAGAGUCGAGGCCUGGACACGCGCCUAGCAGCACUGCCAGCGGCGGGAAAUCCCGGGACUCACCGGAGCUGUAGCGGCGGCACAGCGGACCCGGCUCGUUCUUCAAAAUGACGCAAUUCUUACCACCCAAUUUGUUGGCGCUGUUUGCACCAAGAGACCCUGUUCCUUAUCUGCCACCGUUGGAAAAACUACCCCAUGAAAAGCAUCACAACCAACCCUAUAGUGGAAUUGCUCCUUAUAUUAGGGAAUUUGAGGACCCACGAGAUGCCCCACCACCAACUAGAGCUGAGACCCGUGAGGAACGGAUGGAAAGAAAGAGACGAGAAAAGAUAGAAAGAAGACAGCAAGAUGUGGAGAAUGAAUUGAAAAUAUGGGAUCCACAUAAUGAUCCAAAUGCUCAAGGAGAUGCCUUCAAAACCCUGUUUGUUGCUAGAGUGAACUAUGACACCACAGAAUCCAAGCUGCGGCGAGAAUUUGAAGUCUAUGGUCCAAUUAAACGGAUUCACAUGGUGUAUAACAAGCGAUCUUCAAAACCACGUGGAUAUGCCUUCAUUGAAUACGAACACGAACGAGAUAUGCACUCGGCAUACAAGCAUGCAGAUGGAAAGAAAAUUGAUGGAAGGCGUGUUUUGGUUGAUGUUGAAAGAGGUCGUACAGUGAAAGGAUGGCGCCCACGGAGACUUGGUGGUGGCCUAGGUGGUACACGAAGAGGAGGAGCCGAUGUCAAUAUCAGACAUUCUGGGAGAGAUGACACAUCGCGAUAUGAUGAAAGGGAUCGUGACAGAGAGCGCGAGAGGGGGGGAGAUCGUCGGGAGCGAAGCCGUGAACGGGAUAAGGAACGUGUUGGUGAGAGGCGCAGGACUCGUUCCAGGGAACGCAGAAGGAGAACUCGAAGUCGGGAAAAGGAUGAAAGGAAGCGCAGCAGAGAGAGGAGUAGGGACAAAGAUAAAGACAAGGACAAGGAUAAAGACAAGGACAAAGAUAAGGAUAAGGACAAGGACAAAGAUAAGGACAAAGAUAAGGAUAAGGACAAGGAUAAAGAUAGGGACCGCAAGCGCAGGAGUCGCAGUAGAGACCGCAAACGGGACAGAGAUCGUGACAGGGAAAAAAAAGAGGAACGGGUUGAGGGGGAAGUACCUGAGACUGAAGCAGUUGGUGAGGAAUUGCAAGUGGGUGAGUUGGGUGUGGAUGGAGUUGAAAUUAAACCCGAGCCAGAAGAAAAGAGUAGAGAUCGUGACAGAGAGAGGGACCGAGAUAAAGACAGAGAGAAGGAUAAAGAUAGAGAUCGUGAUAGGGACAGAAGACGAAGUCACAGAGAGCGGGACAGAGACAAAGAUCGUGAUAGAGAUAGGGGGGAUAGGAGAAGAGACAGAGACCGUGAUAGAGAUAGGGAUAGAGAACACAAACGAGACAGAGAUAGAGGUGAGCGCACUGAAAAGAGAGAGGAGAGAGCUCCUGAUAAUGGUAUGAUUCCUGAGCCUGUUGAGGAGACCAGCCAAGAUAUGUACUUGGACCAAGAAUCCAUGCAGUCUGGAGAUGGAUAUAUUUCCACAGAGAAUGGUUAUCUUAUGGAACCUCCUAUGGAGUGAUCUUCUUUAUCCUGGUGAACACUCCCUCUUCAUGGACUAUUUUGUUUUCCUUCUCUCUUCAAAUCUGGAUUUUGGUGUACAUUCAAGUCACGCCUACCAUUUGCAAUGUUUUUCUUUUGAUUCAUGCAUACAAUUGGACUAUUUUUUAUUUUUAUUUUUUUCCUGAUUAUAAUAAAUGUAGAGUAACAAACUGUAAAUUCAAGAUGAACUUUAAAGUACAUUUAGUAUUUUCAUCUUUUUGUAGGUAGGUAUGUUUGGCAAGUUUAUGUAGCUAUUCUAAUGUCAUCAAACUUGUGUAAAUUUGAAUUUUUUUUUAAGGGACUGAACAAUAAACACUUUUAAUGUU